GCUGUAGCAACGGUUUGUGCAUUUCAGAUCUCUCGCAAUGCAGAACGUUAGGCCGCACAACUUGCGGAAUGCUUGAUGGAAAAAGAAAGAGAAUGUCCUCGUCCUCACAAGUUUCACUUACCAAUAGUCACAGAACAGGAGCCCCAAACGAGGAUUGAACUGAAGCCGUCAAACGUACCCGUGCUUCCUUUCAUCAAGCAGAAUGUUUCUCUCGACUGCUUGACGUUACGAAAGAAGACGACAGAAAUAUCAGCGGUAUCGUCUGCAGUGGUAGAUGGUUUCAACGUUCUUCCUUCCCUAUCGACUGAUGGUAUAGUGACAGACACUGCUGAGAAUGGGAUCUACGGAUGCCAGAGACGCAGAAACAAUCGACGACGAUAUCGUUUACUGUCUGAACCGUUGACCUCCUUCCAAACAGCUGCAGUUGACAUUGACCGGAACUUCGUAAUCGGUCGCAGACACAAGUCUGAACAGCUGGCUGUGACUGAUUUGCCGCCUAUUGACCUGCCACUUCUGCGCGGACUUGACAAUCAGCAAGCAAGUGGUUGGAUGUAUCAUUCGCGACCAGGAGCGUCGUCUCUUGCUUACCUCAAUGAUCUUCGUUCUGUACUAGCGAAAAAGACGACCGUCCGGUCAUCUCAAGAUGACGGCGGUAACAAACCAAUGCUUACGAUUCCACCCAUUGUUAUAGACAUAGUGCAAACAGCGGAUAGAAUCGAUUCUAGCGAAGAGUCGAAAGCAACACCGGAUACUAUCAGUUAUAGCGAAAAUCUGUGGCCUGCUGCAAGUGAUGAUGGCUCUACAGACUGCGCUCCACUGUCUGACUACACCAUGGGUGAAACGUCACCAGAACCUGAAUAUUAUCCUUCUUCCUCCGAUGCAGAAUUGACGAUUGUUCCCGAGAUCGUCGAGGAAACUGCAAAGGAACAAGAAGAGCCGAAAGUUGACGAACUGUUGCAGAAGCUAGAGACCUCUGGAGAAGAACAAAUACCGAAAGUUGACAAGAAAAAGGAUGAAAGAGAAAACGCAAAACCUGCAGAUCCUCCUCUAGUCACAACGGCUUCUCUGAAUUGUACAGACACACCUUCAACAGCAGCAGUAGACAUACCUUCAACCAUUGUGAACAUUCAAAGUACCGAAGAUGCAGAUUCUGGAUCAACAGAAAUAGAAUACUCCACAAAGUCUGCUGCAGUUUCUAGCCAGGCGAACGAGCCUCUUCCACUUUGCAUAAUGACGCCUCCGUUCGCAGAAGAGAAAGAGAUUUUGUCAGAAAAUAGAGAAAACGAGACAAAAACUGCAAGUCCAAAAACAACGACUGCCAAGAGCAAGAAAUCAAAACCGCGCAACCCAAACAACAGCAAGCUACGCGAACAUGCAGUACGCGUUCGAAAGAGCAAGCAAAGAACUGAUGAAGAGGCUACUGCCAUCCAAACAGAGAACGAGCAAUCGGAGAAAUCAGUAGUCCUUGAUGAAAGUGAGGAUGCUGACAGGGAAGAUUGGAGGUGCAAAACUGAAAUAGCGACUGCGUUAGUUCUCAAUGAAACGCAAGCCGAAAAAAGGGAUAGCGGAAAAGACACAGAAACAAGACCACCCAGUAGAGAAGAAAAGAAUGAAAACAGUACUGCAUUUGCUGACAAGUUGCAGAAUGAAAGACGGAAAGACAGAGAACGCAGACGGAUUGCUAGACGAGAGAAAAAGGACGUGAAGAAGAAACAGAAAGAAGAAACAGAAAUAUCGCAGGAGAUGACCACACUGGAGAAAAAACAGGAAAAGACUAAUACGACGAAUGAAGAACGAGAAACCACACAUCACUGUUUGCAGAUAAGUACUGUGCAAGAAGUUGCAAAAGCAAAUGAAACAAACUCUGAAGAUGAAAAAGAAAGAUUGCGACGCGAAGAGGAAGAGAAAAAGAAAGUGUUCGAAGAGAUGGAGAGAGUCAAAGCAGAGCAAGAGCGACAGUCGAGAGUAGAUGAAAGACGAAGGCAAGACGAAAAAAGACGCAGAGACUUAGAAGAACAAAAGAGGAGAAUGGAAGAACAGAUAAGACAAGAAGAAGAAAUGCGCAAGAGAAUUAGAAGACAACUAGAAGCAAGAGCAGCAAUGCAAGCAGAUAAGCAAAUGUAUGUCUCUCGCUUACAAAUGGAAAUGGAAGAUAUCGCGCAAAGUCUGCGCGUCAACCCUCCAUUUGUCUGGUCGUAUUAUUCGCCGAUAUGCGGUCCAACAACCGAAGACAAAGUCACUAAAACGUGACACAUUUUAUUUACUACAAAUUAUUCUAGAGAGCAAAACGUAAUACAAAUUUACGACAACCUACAAUUAGAACAUACGAAUGUAACACAAUACGAAGUUCUUAAUUGAA